GCAACCCGAGUUGACAGGAACGCCUUCGAUCGCCAUGGGAUUGGCCACCACCGUAGCUCGCAAGCCUCCGACACGGAGGUUUUAACGUGCGAGAGCGGUUCACCAGGCCGACAAGACUCCAUUUUUCCGAUUCGAUUGUGCCCAGAAUGUUUCAACCUUGGAGUUUCAUGUCUCUCUCACGACCGAGGGCUCACGUGUAAUGUAUCUGCAUAUACCCAGGUGGUGCCUUUGAAGGAUUUGCUCCAGCUUUGAACGCUUCAAACUUCACCUGCCACCCCCACUCUCUCUCUAUCCUUCCAGAAUCCUCAAAAGGGAAAUGAUAAAAAUCCUCUCUUUGUCGCUAGAUCGUCGCUGCCUCCCCACUUUCCCGUUUGUCUUUUUGACUCUUUCUGUUCAUCUGGGUUUUUCUUUUUGUGGGUUUUUCUUGGCAAUUUCAUCUCCUGCAUGACCCGACUCUGACUUACUUGUGUAAUUUCGUUGGAUUGAACUUCUUCUUGCUUUCUUGGGUUUCAGUGGGCAUUUGUUUGGGGCGUUUUUCGGUGGUCUUAGUUUAGUUUUUUCUGUGCUGAAUUGAGGGAAUUGGUGGUUAAGGAUACGUGUCUCGGAUCAUCUUGGGUGAUCGGUCUCUGACGUGCGAUGUCAAUGGUGUCGAGCAGGAGAACCUUGCCUCCUUAUAAUGAUCGCAAUUACCCAAAUGGGGACUCCUUUUUGUUAGGAUCAUCACCAAAUCAGAGGCCUUCCUAUGUUUUUGGCAAAGCAUCAUCUGCUUCGCUGGGUUUCGCCGCAUCAGGAAUUAGAAUCCGUGGAAUGUUCGCCGCCAUUUUCCCCGGAAAGUACUCGAGAAAGUCUCCGCCGCUGUGGAGAUCAUUUUAUAGGUUUUUGUUGUUUUUCAUACUAGGAUUUUUACUAGGUUUGAUCCCUUAUGGGCAUGUAAACGACUUGCGAGCUAAUCAUUCGUUGGAGGUUAAGCCGCCUCCGACCAAUGUCAGGUUGGAUGCUGGAGUGGAUCAGUCGAUUGAGCGUAAGGAUUUCGUCAUUAGAGCUGUUAAUUUGAGGGUAGAAGAAAAGGUUGAGAUGAAUUUGGAAGAGGGUUCAAGUUUGGUGCCUAAAAAGCAGCUGAUUGUGGUUACACCAACGUAUAACAGGGCCCUGCAGGCCUACUUUUUGAACAGGCUUGGUCAGGUAUUAAGGCUCGUGCAAUCUCCAUUGUUGUGGAUUGUGGUGGAGAUGGAUGCAGCUUCAAUGGAGACUGCAGACGUAUUGAGAAAAACCGGGGUCAUGUAUAGGCAUUUGGUGUGUGUUAAGAACGUGACAGAUGUUAAAGACCAGGGUGUGCAUCAGCGGAACAAAGCAUUGGAGCACAUCCAGCACCAUCAACUCGAUGGCAUUGUUUACUUUGCGGACGACUAUAACAUUUACUCAAUAGAGUUGUUCAAGAACCUAAGACAAAUUAGUCGUUUUGGCACUUGGCCUGUCGCGAUGCUUGCGCAGAGCAAAAACAAAGUAAUAUUGGAAGGUCCCGUGUGCAACGGAAGUCAAAUAAUGGGUUGGCACACAAAUGAAAGAAGUAAGAGACUCCAUAGGUUCCAAGUUGAUAAAUCUGGAUUUGCUUUCAACAGUACAAUCUUGUGGGAUCCAAAGAGAUGGCACCAUCCCAUAUCUAAUCCAAUUCAGCUGGUGGGCUCUUUGAAGGAAGGUUUCCAGGGUACAAAAUUUAUAGAACAAGUGGUAGAAGAUGAAAGUCAAAUGGAAGCAAUUCCUCCUGGCUGCUCGCUAAUAAUGAACUGGCAUCUCUAUUUGGAUGGUCCUGGUCUUCCGUACCCCCCUGGCUGGUUGCUUCAGAAGAAUCUUGAUGAUGUUCUCCCUUUAAGAUGACUGAAGUUUGACCGUUGAUACUUUUCACCGGAGAGAUGUAUUGAUCCUCAGAUAUUCCUCUUAAGGUCAUACAUGUGAAAAAGAGGAGAGAAACACAAGCAGAUUAGUCAUCUCUCAUGUCUGCUUCUGUUGUAUGAACAGGAUGUGCUGGCGCUGGUGGUGGUUGUACAAGCAGCACCAGGUGGUGUAGCGUUGAUGCCAAUUGAAGGUGCACAACGCACAAGUCAUUCUUUCUCAGAAUGAAAUUUUGAUUAGAGCUUCAUCCUCCAACACAAGGUUUCCAUUUUUCGUUUCUUUAUCUUCUCGGAAAUCUUUUGGGUUUAAGUGCACCCGUUCGAUGCAAAAGGUACGGGGUGCUGGUUUCCUGUUGAGGUUGGGACGGUUGCUUAUCAUUCAUGUAAUCAAACGUGGGCAAAUGUCCUUCAAGAUUAUAAAUGCCAAAAAUUUUCGUUUGCUUUCCAGCAUUUGACACACUAUGCUGGUUUAAAAA